GGUGCAGCAGACUUUAUAUUCAGCUGACUCGGGUUCCCGAAGUUUACUGAGAACCAUCGUGACGGAGCUUACCAACUUUAAUACCGUACCUGACCGGGCAGCUGACCGCCAACAUGGAGCUGGACUUCCCGCCUGUACCCGUCCCGCUGUCGUGGAUUCUCCUGGCCGUAUUACCUGUCCUGUUCUACCUGUAUGCAGUGCGGCCCAUGCAGGCAUUGAAGAAGUUGGGGGUGUCUGGCCCCACCCCACUGCCCCUUAUUGGAAACCUGCACCAUACUAUACAAGCGGGCUUGUACAAUAUCGAGGCUCAGGCAUAUGGUAUGGCCACAUAUGGUAAAGUGUACGGAGUUUACAACGGACGUGUUCCAGUCCUGGUGAUUUCUGACCCAGAGAUGCUGAGAGAGAUAUUCGUCAAACAGUUCCACAAGUUCACUAACCGCGCGCCAGAAGGGAUGGCGCUGGACGUCAAGCCGCAGAGUCGCAUGCUGACUCAGCUGUUAGACGAGGAUUGGAAGAACGUGCGGAGUACCAUCAGUCCGGCCUUCAGCGGGGGCAAACUUAAACAGAUGACAGAAGCUAUGAACAGUUGUGCCGACCUGCUGGUGGGGAAUUUUGGCAACUUUGCAGAAAAAGGAGAAUCCUUCGACACAAAGGAACUAACAGGUGCAUUCACCACUGACGUCAUCGCCCGGACAGGGUUUGGUUUGGACGUUGAUUCCCAGCGGAACCCACAAGACCCGUUUGUCGUCUACUCAAAAAAGGCUUUCAGUUUUAACUUCUUGAAUCCACUAAUCUGGCUGUUUUUCAUGUUUCCCAGUGUCAUGAAGCCAAUUUUGGAGAAGUUUAACUACAACUUUAUGGCCAAGGAUGUUACUGACUUCUUUUACAACAUACUUGAGCAGGUUAUGGGGAUGAGGCAGAGUGGACAUGGUCGUGUGGACUUCAUGCAGCUGAUGAUGGACGCUCACAAGGAUGAUGACGUGGACAGCAGUGACACCCAAGAGGGCAAAGUGCAAGGAACUAAGAAACCCCUGAGUAAAGACGAUGUUGUGGCGAACGCGUUUCUGCUGUUUCUCGCUGGUUACGAGACGACGGCGACCGCCAUGGCAUUCACCCUGUACAACCUGGCACUGCACCAGGAGGCACAGGACAGGGCCAGGCAGGAGAUCAAACAAGUCAUGGAGGGCAGGGACCUAGUGAACUAUGAGGCUGUCCACAGCAUGCCGUAUCUGGACAUGUGUAUCAGCGAGACUCUACGCAUGUAUUCUCCUGCUGCCAACAAUGGCCGUGUUGCAGGGGAAGAGGUCAAGCUGAAAUGGCUGACCAUCCCAAAGAACACGCUGAUUGUCAUUCCCAUUCUUGGGAUCCACUACGACCCAGAGCGCUGGCCGGAACCAAACAAGUUCAUCCCUGAAAGGUUCACCAAGGAGGAAAGAGAGAAGAGGGACCCGUAUGACUGGCAGCCGUUUGGGGCGGGGCCGAGGAACUGUAUCGGGAUGCGGCUGGCGAUGAUGGAACUGAAGGUCGGACUGGCCAAGGUGCUGAUGAAGUACCGCAUCGUCACCGGACCGGACACUGACAUUCCAUUGAAGAUCAUGAAGUACAAGCAGUUCCCCACCCCUGAGAACGGGAUCCGGCUGAGGGCGGAGCCGCUGUGUCCUGGAAGUGACUGAUCCAUUUUGGUUCCCGGAAAAGAAAGACCGGGGCAUUUUCUAUCAUGCUUCGAUUCCAUAGAAUGGUACAUUUAGGAAACUCAAACAUAUAUACACAAUUCAAUCUGACAACAGACUCGCAGGCAACCUUACUGGAUGCCCGAAUUGCUCUGUGGUCAACACAAAAUAUCGUUAAAAUAUGCUGUUAAAAGGUAUUAUUGUUAAAACAUUAUUGAUUACACAUUGAUAAAAUUUAUAUCAAUUAUAGAUAUUCCUCUGCUUAAGACAUUACGCAGUUCCGGAGUUGUAGUUAGUUUGACAGUCAAUAUGCAUAUUUCAAAUCGUCACAUUGGGCAGUAAUAAGAGUUCGGUAAAAAGGUACAACAACAACAUUAGGAAUGAAUCACCUUUACAUUGUCCUUUCAGUGGACACUCUGUUGCACUAUGUAUUUGUAGGUUAUGUGUUAUUUAGUAGGUUAACCAUGUAGGGCAAAGCGCUGUUUCUAAAGCGUUCACAGCAUGUCACAUAGUAACAAAUUGAUGACAUUCCAGUUUAUGAAAGUAUAGCAUUGAUGUGAAGUUGAACUUAACGGUGCACACCCCAGUUCUUCCACGACCACAUUGGGUCCACAACUCGGGUAUAGUCAAGGUUUGGGACUUUUUGCCAGCACCAGUCUUUUCUGCCAGAAAUGUUUUUCUAUGGGAUACGCCUACACCAAAAAUUCCCAAUUUUGUGCAGUAAUUUUGGGGUGAAAAUAAAUGAAUGUUUUUUCUGUUGAUUGUACCAAAAUUAUAGAGGCUGAACAAACCAAACUUAGUUGGUCUAUUACAAUUAGCCGCUACGGCUCACCAAAAAGGCAUGCAGACGAUCAUACAUAUUAACAUAAGGUACCACGUAUGGCAUCCUCCAAUAUUACUAUGAGAUUAAUCUUCCUGACAAAAGAGUAUGCAGUGUGGGAUUUUGCAAUCAUCGGUGGAAUUUCUAGCGUUUGGGCAUUGAAAUAAUAUUGCUCUGUAUGUACAUGCCGGGUUGUUACAUGUCAAAGACAAAGUGUGCUUAAAAUUGACUAUUUGGAUCCAAUGAAAGAAAUCCUGGUAGAGAAGAUGAUAGAUUUGUGUAUAUCAAUGAUGACUGUUUAUUCACUGUCUCUUGAUGAAAAUGAAACGAAGAAGCCAUUAUUGUUGUCACUCAGAAUUAUCUGCCAUCUUGUAUAUAGUAUAUUCCAAACAUGGGUUAACAAAGUUUUGAAGAAACGAAAGUGAUCCUGGACCAGCCUAAAUAAACUCGAUGAACAGUCGAGCUACUCUUCCACUGUUUUUGAACAGACGAGAUUGUUAUUCAAAGAUGUUGGUCUUACUGAUACUCCCCCCCCCCCUCAAAAAACCCCCUUGUGGAUCUAGUUGGUUCUCUGGGAAACCUUCAUUAUGCGGUGCGACAUGUUCUUUGGUUAAUUAAUAUUUAAUAAUUGCAAGAAUUUCGUAAUAACUGUUGUUUACUGGAAACCUUUGUGUCGAUAUCCUCCGUUCCUUGUUGCAUUGUGGGGUGGUAUUCGGCGCUUCACGUCAGAGGCGACUGACAAGAAUGUUCUAAUACCUAUUAAACUCUUCAUCCACGGAAUCAUCUCGAGUCGGCGUCAGCGUCACAAAGACUCGGGCUGCAAGAGUUAUUAAAAACUUCAUGUAAGGAUGAAUACCUUACACGUCAGAAGAGAGUUUCGUGUACAAAGGUUGCUAACAAA